AUGAAACCUCGAUCUGCUGCGACGAGACAUGUGAGCGUUGAAGCUGCCGCUGCAGAGUACCAUAGAGACGACCCGAGUAAUGACCAGCCUCGGAAGAAGCGGCGCAAGUACACUGCUCGCGCUUGUACUGAUUGCAAACGCCGAAAAAUAAAAUGCAACGGGCAAUCUCCUUGCUAUCGCUGUGGUCGACAAAACAUCGAUUGUGUUUACACAGAGAGCUCCCGACAAGAGAGCAUGGGGGUGAGCGGUCCACCCAUACCCCAGCCUCUUCUUGAACAGAUGAGUGCCAUGCAAGAUCAAAUCAAUGCUCUCAAGAUGACCAUCAAAGAUCUCGUUGACCGCGCCAGCUCAUGUACUGGCGCCUCAUGCGCAGGCACAGCGGGCACAGCCAUAGGGGCAUCGGGUGAUAUUCAUCAGCUGGUUCAGCGUCCUAGUCGACGGCGCGUCUCCACCGCCCCGAAGUCUUCAUUUCAGGGCCCGACAACCUCUGGUUUUGGGUUUGACCUGGCCAAGACUAGCCUGCUUCGACGGGGCAUUGUGGAGGAAAAUGACGCGGCUGAUGGAGUGGAGGGCAAUGCGACUCAGGAACCUUCGCCACUCGCGUCUUCUCCAGUUCCCGGGGACUAUGAAGAGCAGUAUCACGCAGUUGAUCCGCUUUGCACGUUCACGAGAAGUGAAGCUCUGCGGCUAUGUGCUCUUUAUGAAGAAGAAAUGGGCAUCAUGUACCCCGUAAUAGAGGUGCCGGAGUUGUUGCAACAAGUUCAUCGUCUCUAUAGCUUGACGGGGCAUCGGUAUCUCGACCAGGCCCUAGCCAAGUCGAAUCCUGUGCUGGGCCGGGAAGACAUGGCAAUUCUCAGGUUGGUGUUCGCCUGUGCACUGACAGCCGAGGCAAGUGGCCGAAGCGACCGCGCUAUCGCUUUACUCACCAGCGUGCGGGACAUUCAAGAGGAUUGUGUCUGGGGUCCACCGGAGCUCAAAUCCAUUACAAUCUUAACACUUGUGUCGAUCCUGCACUUCCAGAUGGAUGAAGAGACCCUCGCAUGGCGCACGAUCGGAAUUGUGGAGCGAAUGUGUCUGGAGAAAGGGCUUCAUCGAUCAGAAUCACUCAAUCAUUUAGACGUCAAGGAAACAGGUAUUGAGCGUGUGCUACGGCUCUUCUGGUCAAUCUAUAUCCUGGACAUGCGCUGGUCCUUUGGGACUGGCAUGCCUUUUGCACUUGAAGACACAGACAUUGAUCCCAGUCUUCCAGAGCCCGGGGAAGAAACACCGUACCUUCGUGUGAUGGUGAGAUACAGUCGAAUCGCAGCCAAAGUGUGGAAAUUUGUUUCGGCUUUCAACAACAAGAAUGAGAUCAAGAAGGACGAAAUGAGUUACCUAGAUUGGCAGGUCUUGCGCUGGGCGCAUGAGAUCCCCGAAUCCUUGCGACUAGACCGCCUGACCGCAAGUGCCGUGAAUGUGGCAAGCGGACAAGCCCGGAGUGUGCGACGACUGAGGUCGUUACUUUAUUUGCGAGCCAACCAAUUGCGGAUGCUCAUAUACCGGCCAGUGCUGCAUACUGCGGCACAUAUAUCUCGGUAUCCUGCCGAGUCGGAAACGGUUGUUGAAAUCGCAAAGGAUACGAUCCGAUUUAUCACCCAAUUGAACGAAACCUCGGAUAUCUAUCAGCUUCAGCAAGUCGCUUUCAACUGGUUUUUGGUCUCUGCAUUGGCUGUACUGUUCCUGGCAGUCGCACAAGCGCCGUCCCCAUUCAGCAGCUCGUGCAAGGAUGAAUUUUUGUGCGCGCUAGAACUGGUCAAAGGAUUUUCCACACACUCUUACGUUUCCCAACGCCUUUGGAGGUCCAUGCGAAGUCUACGGAAACUCGGGCCGCAGCUGGGUCUCUGGGGUACCCAGAAACCUCGGCGCCACGACACCGCACUAGAAUUGCCUGCUCCCCCGGGCUCCUCGGCAUUUUUGCCAACGGUCAAUCCCGCAGUGGAGGGGGGCCCGUCAAGCCAGACGACUCCGGCUGACGGCACACAGAUGACCAAGGAGUUGAUGGAAUGGUUCGAAGCGGUUGGAAACCUCGAUGAAUCAAGUGCUGGUCUGAACCCUCGAUUCUUGCCUGACCAAUCUUCAUGGCAGGACCCCUCGAGUGGCAAUUUUAUGUUCGACUACGGGGAGGAUCUGUCUACCGUAUUGAGGGAUUUCUUUUAA